UACGUGGUUUUUUUAUAACGAAGACAUUGCACGUGCUGCUCAUUUUUCAGGCUGUGUUUCAGACAAACACAAUGACAUUUUCAAAAUUUGUAGUGAAGUGAAUUGGAGGUCUAAGAAGAUGGUCCGUAUUUGCAUUUAUGGUUUCAUGAUCUUUUACUUGUGCAAUGGACAAAAACCGGACAGUUUUGGUAACAGUACGCUGAGAUUUCCCAUCAUGGGUAGUAACGUGCGUCGUCAGUCCAUAAUCCCCGUUUCUUUCAAAUUCCCGUGUUCUACCAUCAUGGGUCGGUCACCAUCGCGCCCUACCAGCGUCCACCGCCUCCGCCCCGGCGACAUCGACGUGAUCGGAGCCAUGGGCGACUCGUUAAUUGCCGGAAACGGAGCUUUGGAAGAAUGGGCUUUGGGAACAAUGAUUGAGUACCGCGGAGUGUCCUGGUGUGCGGGGGGACAAGGCACGUGGCGCGAGUUUUUAACUCUCCCGAAUAUCCUGAAGGAGUUUAAUCCCAAUUUGACGGGAUUUUCAACAGGGACUGGGGAGUUUUCAUCCCCAACUUCGCAGCUAAAUGUUGCCUUUCCAGUUUCCGCAGAUGCGGAUGCCUUGACACAAGCCAAGGUUUUGGUCGGACGAAUGCGAAAAAAUAAGAGAAUUAAUUUUGAGAAAGACUGGAAAAUGGUGACAAUUUUUUUUGGCGCUAAUGACAUUUGCUCAGGGCAGUGUUAUAACAAAGCUGAGUUUUCGCCACCAAUGCAUGCGAAAAAACUAAUGCUGGCUCUCGACUACCUCCAAAGAACUCUACCGAGGACUUUUGUUAACUUAAUUCCGGUUUUAGAUGUUUCGGUCAGUGUUCGCGUAAAAAGAACUAUGAUGUGCCGAUUUUUGCACACUCUGUUUUGUGCUUGUUUUCACAGGGGAGGAAACGAAAUGGAUGUUAUUACGAAAAUGACCCGGGAGUUUCAACGAGCCGAGGAGGAACUUAUUUCUAGUGGCCGGUAUGACACAAAAGAUGAUUUCACGGUUGUUAUUCAACCAUUCAUAAAAUUAUUCAAUGCACCAAACGAUAGAGCACGAAGAUAUGACGAAGUCAUUGAUAUUUCCUACAUAACAUACGACUGUUUCCAUUUUUCGCAAAAAGGACACGCUUUGGGAGCAAACAUGCUUUGGAACAAUUUGCUGCAGCCGGUAGGACGUAAGAGCAAAAAACGCCUCAAUUAUAUCAUGGAAAGUUUUGAAUGUCCUAAACCCAAAGCUCCAUUUUUGUUUACUCAAAAAAAUUCGCGAAGUUUCUUAGAGAUUGGUCAUCAGUGAGAUGAGUGCCAUUUUUUUGAUAUAAAUCCUAAAUAAAGUAUUUUUGUUUGA